GCAAGGCAUCCAUUGAACUUUUUUCAUCCUUUUAUGUGUAGCUGUUAGGUACGACGAAUAUCACAAGAAAAGCUGCAUGUAAAUUGUGCUGGAUGAGGUAAUGCUAACUGCACAAACUGAUGGGAAUAGCUCUCUCAUGACCUAGUUCUGGUAGUCUGGGUUACACAGCGAUCCAAGAGAGGAAGUUAUAUUUAGUUAGGAGAACAAACUAGAAAAAGAGAGGAUGAGAAGUACUGUAGAGUCUGCAAAACACAAGAGUGAUGUAUAAGUAGGCAGACAAAGGAAUUCUAAUUGCAUUGUGGGAUAGUGGUUUGAGUCAUUUUAGGUAAGGCAAUUAAUCAGUUAAACAGUAUUUAAGAAGGGGAGGAGUGGAAAUUAGGAGACUGACAGAGGGGGAGGGAGUCUUGCUGUAGAAGUUGGUUGGCUGUCAGGAUCUCUCCAGAGGUCCUGCAUGUGUUUAAAAGACCAAAAAUACUUAGACAGAAAUGAGGAGAGGCUGUCAGAGGUGGAAAUGUUGACAGGCGAGUAGAAGAAAUGGGGAUUUCUCGUCGAACCACAAAGCUCUCAACGGCGAGGCCCGGAAGCAGUAAAACCUCGACGCGCACCCCGCGAUGCGGCCGUGCCGCUCAGAGCCGCAACACACCUGUACGGACGGUCAACAUCCGACCGCUGCCGCUGCGAAGCUCACCUCCAUACAAACAGCAUGCUCAAGCCACACAUCCACGCAAGGCGCACUCACGUCCGAUGCAGACUCACUGCUCGACCCAGCACCACGAGCAGCACAUGUCGCAUGCCGAUCAUCACUCAGGCUGCACCUUUUACUGCUAUUUUUGCUACUGCUGUUACAGCUGCUGCCUCAUGUUGCUCUCUUUUUCUCUCCUCCUCCUCCUUUCUCCGCCUCCCAACGCUCCUUUCUCUGAUCCCUCCUCCACUUUGACCUCAAAUACCACCACACCUCCUCCCUCCUCUCCAAUCACACAACUUUCAACUUCUUGUUUGGAUGAACUUUCCUGCUUCUGCCCGGAUGCCAACCUGACUUUGUCUCCAAUACCUCCCCAAUGCCCUCGACCUCUUUGUCUAAUCUCGGAUGAUUCCUCACCUCUCCUCAUCACGUCCUGUCCUGACCCAACCACCUCCGCCUGUCGUGGUUCCUCAUACUCCUCUUCAACAUCGGACUCCCUCCCACGUCCUCACAAACCAAUUCUCUGCCGGCCCUGGCCAUCAACCCGCUCUCUUUCCUCGUUACUCCUCUGCCCUCCCAGCUUUGGCGAUCCAGUCUUAUCCUAUGCCUCCACCCUGGAGCACAUUCCCACCCGGCCUCGGACGCUGCUGCGGCAGCAGAGUCUGCAGCAGCCCCUCAUCCACCCAUCGGGUGCGGGUCUCGGCCACCCUCCUACCACAUCCCAAAGCUUGGGACAGUUGCACACAGGACCUGGACAGCCUGGGGGAGGUGGUGGGGCAGGGAGAGGAGAUGGCGGCAGUAACAGUGGUGAGGGUGGGGGUGCAGGUACACGAGGCAGUGGCCGGGUUGCUCGGGGCGGUUCAGGGGGAGCAGCCGCCUCACGCUAUAGGGGAGGCGGAGCAGGAGGGCGCUCUCGUGGCAAUCCUGGAAGCUGGGAUUACAUGAUGGACCAGAUGAAGAACCGGGGCCUGGAUGUCAAGUCCUUCCUUGAAGGAAAGCUGGUGGUCCUGGCUUUGGCCAUUGGUGUGGCAGAGCAAGAUGACUUUGCCAAUAUCCCUGACCUGCAGGAAACAGCGCAGGCAGCACCACCAGCCAAUCAGGAGCCCCCUCCUGAGAAGAGGGGCAACAAGCCAGCAAACAGCCCCAAGGGUCACCCUCCUGAUGCUGACGGGCACUCUUCUGUAACUGACCUGGCGAACUCGCUCACUGGAGACAUGGUGAUGUUGUCCCCAGGUUCGGAGGAUGACGACGGUGAAGGGCCUGUCAGUGAAAAACUUGGUCGUAUCCAGUUCAGCAUAGGCUACAGCUUCCAGAAUACAACCCUUACCGUCAAAGUUCUCAAGGGCCAGGACCUGCCAGCCAAGGAUUUCUCCGGCACCUCGGACCCUUUCGUCAAAAUCUACCUGCUGCCUGACAAGAAGCACAAGUUGGAAACCAAGGUCAAGAGGAAGAACCUCAACCCCCACUGGAAUGAAACCUUCCUCUUUGAGGGCUUCCCUUACGAGAAGGUGAGAGAACGCACUCUCUACCUCCAGGUGUUGGACUACGACCGCUUCAGCAGGAACGACCCCAUUGGAGAGGUGUCAAUCCCCCUGAACAAGGUGGAACUAGGCCAGCUGAAGACCUUCUGGAAGGAGCUUAAGCCCUGCAGUGAUGGCAGUGGGAGACGAGGCGACCUGCUGGUGUCUCUCUGCUAUAAUCCCACUGCCAACACCAUCACUGUGAACAUCAUCAAAGCACGCCACCUUAAAGCCAUGGACAUCGGGGGCACCUCGGACCCUUACGUAAAGGUGUGGCUCAUGCACAAGGACAAGCGUGUUGAGAAGAAGAAGACGCCGGUGAUAAAGCGCUGUCUGAAUCCAGUUUUCAACGAGUCCUUCCCCUUUGACGUCCCUGCCCAUGUGCUGAGGGAGACUACCAUCAUCAUCACCGUCAUGGACAAGGACAGGCUUAGCCGUAACGAUGUUAUUGGCAAGAUCUACCUGUCGUGGAAGAGCGGGCCAGCAGAAGUAAAGCAUUGGAAGGACAUGCUCGCUCGGCCGCGUACUAACGUCGCACAGUGGCACUCUCUUAAGGCCUGAUUGCACCACCCAGCUUCCUCCAUGGCCACUUCCCUUCUCCUACUUCCAGCCCCUCUUUCCUCUCCCUUACUCCCGCUCCCGUCCUUAUGCACAAGACUGACUUGCUGCCAGGCUGCGAAACACGGGUACAAUUAGCCAUCUGCUCUCUUAAACCUUUAAACUCUUCUCUAUUUUCUUUUAGAAUCUCAAUUUCCUCUUCCACUUCUCUCUAAAUUUCUCUCCCCUUGUAUGUUUUUUUCUGUCGCCACUUUGCCAAUAGUCCCCCUGUUUCUGACUGUCUGUAUGUCUGUCUUCCUGUCCUUAUGCAAUCGGCCCAUGGAGGUCUAAUGAUCUGUUUAUUUGUCGCUGCAGUCCCUGACCAGUUAAACAAGUUGGUAUCUUAGAGAAUCAUAAUUUGAACUCAUUUAAUAUUGUUGUAUAAAUAGUACAGUUAUACAAUAUAAUACAUAAGGCACUGUAUGAACAUACAAGUGGAUGUCAGUAAAUUACAACACCAUUGUUUUGUUAACUUAGUGAUUCAGCUCAAAAAGUGAAACUCACUGCAUACCAAGUCAGCAAACUAGAGUAUUAUAUAUUUCCAGUCUUUAUGUCUGUUCAUUUUGAUGACUGUGAUGUACGGCUAAUAUGAACCCCAAAUUCAGUUUCUCGUAGAAGUAGGUUAUUACAUAAGACCAAUGAAAAAAAGUAAUACAGCAUUGUGGUGCUACAACAUGUACUGUAUGUACUCAAUAAUUGACUGGGGCCGCCAGCCUGUGGCUCUGCAGAUGUGUGCGCCAGCCUUCAGUUUAUCCUCAUUGUUGGCUCUGGUGCCUCGACUAUGUUUGAGCUUCAGACCAGGAGAGUUUGCAAUUUUGCCAUAUUCUGCUAGAAAAUAAAAUCUGCAUUUCUAUAAACCUUGUCAGCAGAGUGAAACAUGGAGUGCUCUAAAACCUUUUUGGUAAGCCUCUCUCCUGAUGUUGGACUCUAUAAAAUACAAUAGAACAACCUCAACUAUCUUGAACUCUGUGCCUCUUCCCUUUAUCUCCAGUCUCUGGGACCUUGAUUUACCAAUGAAAAAUAAAAUCUGCUUUUCUAAUAAAAAGAGGACUUUGGACAUGUCCUUUUUAAGAAUUAUUUGCCAGUGUCUUGCAUUCAGCAGUGUCUUAACACAGGGAAGGUAACAGUUGCAGAAUAUAUUUUGGAAAUGACUGUGUGCAGUAACUUUUAAGACUCUGACUCCAGCCUCAGUCAAUCCCUUGUGAGUCUCACCAAAAAUCAUACAUGAGUUAGAAUCCUCUCAAGGCUUCAGUUAUCCCUGUUGCCUGUGCCAGAUUUUCUGCCACCCUUUUCCCUUCCACUCAACUUUUCAAUUAGCAGCACACUCUUGUGGUUUUCCACCUUUGUACAGAAUGUCAGUUUCUGUCUGCUGCUAUAUUCAAUUUAUUUCAGAAACAGAAAUUUGGGUUUUCAUUAGUUGUAAUCGGUAAUGAUCAAAAUAAAGAGACAUAAAUGCCCCAAAUAUAUGAUCUUUGUAGCGAAUCUCUAUUAAUUAUUAAUUUUAUUAACUAAUUAACUUUUCUGUGACGUUAGGAUGCAACUGUACCCAUCUUAUGAUUAUAAAUUUUAGCUAUGUAGAUUGGCAGGGUUUCACCUAUGAACACUAGUUAACUAUAUUUUAGCCAUAUUCUGUCACCUGUUUCCCUGUUUCAUUAGUCUUUUCAUUGACCCUAUUGUUCUCAUUAUUUGUCUCAAGUUUAUUACAUUUUUCUCUCAUAGCAAACCUUUUCUCCUUUACUCAAGAAUAGUUUAAUGUUCAGCUGAAGUCUUUCAAAGUGAUCGAUAAUAGGUUUGUGAUGAAACAAGCUGAACUCAGGAUGGAUUUGUUCACACUCUUGUCUCUCCUCUUCCGUCUAUUCUCCUCUCUGUACUCUUUUUUUUUUCCUCUUCUCUUCCUUCUGGCACAAUAUUAGUGACUUACUUUUCCCCACCACUCCUCUCACAACAACCCUCUUUCUGGAGCCUUCCUUGUCGUCUGUGUGCUGUGGGUGCUGUGUUGUAGCUCCAACAAAAAUAGAGAUUAAAAAAAGCAACUAAACUUUCCAAAGCUGGGAAAAGAGGGGACACAAACUUGUGACAUGGAUCUGUCCCGAUUUUUCCAGAAAGAAAAAAAAAAGACACGGAGAGAGAAAAAAGAAGAUGAAAUCCUAGGAUGUCACUUUUCAUGCAUCACCAACCGAGGGAACUAAUUGAAAUCUUCCAAUGUUCACAGAAAAAUCGAGGGUUAGAGCAAAGUUUGUGCACAUGGAUUCAGCUGUGUGCACACACUUCUCUUCUUCCUGUGCUCUUCUGUCAUGCUGGUGGGUGUCCACUUCCAGCAGGUUGGACUGUAUAGUUAGACUGCUGUGUUAAUGUAUGCCUUCUGCCAGUUGAGUGUGCAUUUACAGGAGCAGCACACUGAACUUUACAGAAAUCUUCUUCUCUUUUCUCUUUCUUCUCUUGCGCUCUUCUUGCUCUUCUUACUGCCAUUGUUUCCCCAUCCUCUACUGCCCUGCCUUCUGAACGAGGGCACGGGGAAGUUCAUUUUGCACUUUUUUGAAAAUGUAAUAAAAAUAAUAAUGAUGAUUAUAAUUUUUGAUGACGAUGAUGGUGAUGAUUAUAGCUGUGGUGAAAAUCAAGGGAGGAGAAUCUGGAAGGGUUGGUUGCAGUCAGGGGGGGAGAGGAGACGUCUGCUUGGUGUUUUCAGGGUUUGGAGUUGAAGCGGAGGACACAGAGGAUGCAGGGCUCUCAUCCUCUUCUUGGUCUUUUUUGUGUUUUUUUGUUUUUUUUUCUUAUUCUCAGAGUACUUAUGUGUGCUUGUGUGUGUAUUUGGAAGGAAACUGCAGGACUCCUGGUGGGAGUCCACUGAUGUUUGAAAUGUCAGGCUGGGAUGGAGAUUCAAGGCACGUUUGCUUGUCUCAUGGAGACUGGCCAGCACAACAGUGCUAUUACACAAUGUGUCGAUUAACAUCAAGCUUGUCAGAGCUGAAAGCCACAGCCUGCACAUUGUUAUUCUGAAUGAGUCCAAAAGAGAACAGUUUUUAUAUAUAAGUAUAUAUAGCGACAAGAAAAGGCAGUUCUUAACCAUGUUCUGAAUUUUAGUUGCAAUUCAUAGGAAUUAUAAAUGACGGACAGUGUGUGCAAUAUUAGAUGAUUGACUUGUCUGCCUCUAUAAGAUACUGCAGGAGUGGAUUAGAUGUUAUCUAAUGCAGUAAUAGUUGCCCAGUUUGUCAGAAACAUUCAGCUUAGCUUCAUACCUGUGGAAAUAAAGCUGUCAUAAAGCAGCAACAAUAAAACUUAAUUAGAUGCUCAGUAAUUAGAUGCUCAUAGAUAUCUCUGCUCUGUCUUAGUUUGCUGUUUAUCCCAGUUGUUUGCAGUUCACCUUUAAAACACUCUUGUAAAGUUUUGCAUUUAAUUCUGUCCCAGGGUUUCCCUUUAGCAGUCCCUAAUCUUUCUACACCUUGGCACUUUAUUCAGGAAGUAGCUAAAAUAUUUAGCUGAAUUAUCAGUACUGUGUUUUUCAAUUAAUUAAAAUUUAAUGGCAAAUGUACCCUAAUGCAAAUACAUCUAUUUAAACAUAUUUAAAUUUCCAGUAUAAUAUAAUAGCUUUCUAAACCAAAAGUAUGUACCAGAAAUUACUUGAAUUGAGUUAUAUAAAGCUCAUUGAAGUAAGAAAACCUACUUAAAUAAGAAGACUCAAAUCACUGUAUAUUACUGUAUAAUACCUACUUAUGUCAAAGUGUCAAAUACUGAAGCACCUCAAUGUUUCAUUGGGGUAAGAUAUAAGUAAGUAAGUAAAUUCAGCUUUAUUUAUUUAUCAUAUUUUCACACAAAUGUCACAAAGUGUAUCAUAAAAAGGGUAAUUUUAAUAAACCACACAGAAGUGUACAAUACAGAAGCCAAAACACAACCCAAUCAUCUUGUGACAAUCUAUUAUAAAUAAAAGAAAAACCUAAUUUUGUCUAUGUUCUUAAGGACAAAGAAAUAAAAUGCUUUAAACUUUACAUCAUAACAGUUAUGGAGAAUGUAGACUAUUUUGAAAGUGUUAAUUCUGCUGUGAUUAUUAACAAUUAGUAACAGCAAUACCAAAUAAAAUAUAAAGGAAGAUUUCAAAUUAAAAACUAUAGCGGUUAUUUGGCUGAUAAAAAAUGGUAAAUCAGAAAAUAUAAAUUUUUCACUUUUGAUUUGCAAGCACAGCUGUUUGUUGUUUCUCUUUUGUUUCCAUGUUUACAGGCUAUAAGACAAUUUCCAUUAACCUUUCUCCAAAUCAACACAGAAAACUAGGAAACCCUACGCCAUUAAAUGUAGGCUUACUUGCUAUAAUAGUAAGUCUGUAUAAGCAAAUCCAAGACUUAAUCUAUAUAAAUACUAUUUUUUGAGUAUAUCUAUGUAACAAUAUUGAAAGAUGAUGCGAUUAUUUUAAUAUUGUAAAACCUUUUUUCCUGGAAGUCAUCUAUCUGCAUAUAUGGAUGAUCUACUAUUAUAUAUCUCAUAAACUUUGAAAUAUGCCGAUAUUGGAACAGUAAUUUGAGUAUGAACAACUAUUAAAGCUGAUGCAAUUUUUAUGGAGUUACUGUUCUAAUUUCCUGUAUCUGCUGACUGUGCUGCCAUCCUAAUGAUAGUUUACUCUUGAGAAGGGACAAAUAGUGAGGCAGUUAGUUUGGUUGUGUAUUUUUUUAUUUUUAUUAUUUCCAUUACUUUAAAAAUUAAAAACAAAUUUGGUCUUUAUUCUUAAACUAGGAAAAUGUAAUGCAAUAAAAUUGUGUUUUUGCUGUUUGAGAAUAUUGAUCAAGUUUCAUCUUCCCUUACAGACUAGGAAACCAAACAGCAGCUAUAAAGAAAGAAGCAUUUACUGCAUGUUUUAAUACCCAAACAGUAGGAGGUUUCCCUAUCUGCGUUUAUUUUAUUAGCAAUUGCUUCCCACCACCUUGUGUUCAGUUUCCAAGGUAACCAAGUGCUUGAUUGCUUAAUGGUUUGUGACAGUCCUCUUGAAUUAUGUUUACUAUUCAAGAUGUAAUGCAGAUAUCGGCCACAGCAUUUGAAUAUAGUUUUUUUUCCCUUGCCCCCCAUCUUCUUUGUUGCCGAUGCAGAAGGAUGUUAGUUAGUAGCAUUAAUACUUCAUCAAUAUGUGCAGGAAACUUGUUUUUCUUUUUGUCUAUGUCUAUAGUGAUGUCUCUAGAUUAGUUUGCUUUAGAGAUGAGCAACUGGAUGAAACAUAUUUAGAUGAGAUGAUAAAGAAAAGCACAGCAGACUGAUCUUUGUGGGUGUAAAUGUUCAAGAAGCUGUCUCCCCACAUUUCUUGGGCUAACAGUUACUCACCAGUCCAACUAGUUGUUAGCUUAAUUCCUUCUCAAAUCUCUUCUUGAUUCUCUACACUGAGAUUCUUCUAAUUUCUACUUAAUUUGAAACCCACUGUGUAAAGACUGCUUAAUAAGCGAGUCCAUACAUAGCACAGCUUCUGCUAACUCUGCUUUUUUAUCUCUUUUGAUUCACACUAAAGAUGGUGUCAGCAUACAACUGUGCAGUUGUAAACUGGCCAGCACUGUAUAACUCCUCCUCAUGAGUGUCGGUAAGCUUUUCUGGACAGCAUGCGGUGUGCCGAGUAUGUUCUGGGCACUGUCUUUCAUGUGGGCCUCAGUGCUGGCUGCUGUGAUGCACUGAUCCAGUCCAGUGCCCUUCAGAACAAUUGGCCAUCCAUGGAACAGGGCUCACUGUUUUGACAGCCAGUGCCUGCAGUGUCACAGCACAUUACACUCCCAUUAGGUGGUCAGAAAGGAGCAAUAUCUGCUUCCUUGAACCUGGGGGGGUUCACUAUUUGCAAAAAUAACUCUGGCUAAGAAAAAAGAGAUAUGGAGCAGUUUUAUAACUCACAUGCGUGCAAGUAAAAGUCUUGUCACCCAUCCGUUAGCUUGGUCAGCUUUAUCUUUGCUAAUAUAGGAGCUUUUCCCAGCUAGAAUUAGGCAAGGGAGUGAGUACACCCUGAACAGGUGCCAAGACCAUCACAAGGCUAACACAAGGACAGCCAAUGCCUAACAAUGGAUGUUUGUGGACAUCAGGUGACAUCAGGCCCCCAGGUGACCAGCAGUCCCUUUUUCCAGUUAUCUGUCAAUGCAAACCGCUGCUCCACCUGGCUUGUCAGGUAAAGACAGAAACUAAUCAGUGUAAUCACUCCUGAAGGUGUGAAAACACUUUCUGGACCUAUUAAGUCAUCAGUUUUUCGGCCAUUUCCCUUUAACUGAGUUACAUAUUAUUCAGAAGGCUGAGCUACAGGGCUUUAUAAAGUAGUCCUCAGUCACCCUGUGAGCUUGGAGAUACGCUGUUAUUUUUAUAACAUGAGGCAGAUUGUGAAGUCACUCAUCCUUGAAAAUAGACUGCUGAGAAGACUUUUGGACUUCUAGAAGUCUAAGCUCUGCUCUUUAAUCCAGAUGACCUCCUGAAUAAAAAAAAUAUUGGUCAGUGUUGGCAGGAUGUAUAAAUAACUUAUCUGGAAAUUUCAUAACUUUUCUUUUGACCACAAACUGAUCCUUCACCUUUAUGAUUAAUGGUAUCUUUAUAGUUUAAAAGAAACUGUUGCUUAUUUUUUUAGGAAGCGUAGCCGUCAUCUCAGACCUGGAUAUUUAUGAGGAUUACUUGUAUAAAAUGAGAUACAGCUAAGUUUCCUUUAGUGGUUAAAAUAGAAGAAGCAUUGAUGCUCUCAGUUGUGACUACUCUUAAAUGUUUGACUCUGAAAAAUUGUGAGGGAAAAUGCUGUGUGUUUGCUAUAAUGCCUGUUCCCUCAUGGUAUAUUUCGUUUGACAACAGUCUAAAUCCUUCAGAAAGCUUUUAUCUGUAAAAUAAUAAGAAUCCCCUAAUUUAUCUUUGUUUUCUGCCAUCAACUCAACAACCAAAACGCUAAAAUGGAUGGAAAGUUUAAAUCUAAACAUAUGGAGACGUUACCAAAUACCACUUUUUAAUUGCACUGCCACCUCUCUCACACCUCUAAAUGUGUUGCGCUUUCUUGGCACCAACAAUGUCAGGAGUGACCUUCAGCAAGCCAGGGCUCAUGAAUAUACCAAAAGAGGAUUACAGAUGUUCCCAAUCAAGACCCCCCCCCCCCCCCACACCCCCAGACACGGGGUCCAAUUGGUGUGUUUGUUCAGCCUCAGUGCUGUCUCUCAUCAUUAUAUUCAAUUCCUAGGAGAACCAAUGAACAGGUUCUGGUGUGUGCCUGAGUAAAAAAACUUUACUACAUUUCCCUGUAAGUUUAUGUUCUUUUUCUGCAAUAAGUAGACUUUUUGUCUCUAAAACCCUUCCCAGACCUGUAUUGUCACCUGUAGUCACGAUGUGUAAAAGCUUUAAAAUAGAUUAAUCUUUUACUUCUCUGAUUGACAAAUAUUGAAAAAUCUAAUAUUUAAUUUUAGAACAUUUUCUAAGUGUAUAAAGCAAGGUCUCUUUUUAAAAUCUAAUUGUAUUAUGUUCUCUCUUUUAAACUACAUAGUCUCUCUAGAUUUGGUUCACUACAUAGGCUCGGGGACUGGAAUGAUGAUGGUAGAAAUGCUUAUUGUAUUUUAAACCAUUAUUAUAUCAUAAGCCCAAAUUUGAACCCGUUUUCAGAUUUCUGGCAGGACCCACCAAACUUAACUUUUAAAUGUUCUGGUAUUUCAAGCAGUUCCAAGUGGGUUUUUGAAGACAAACAGGAACCCGCCAUCACAAAACUGCCAUACUUAACAGUGAGCCUGAGGCACGUUACCUCACAUUCACCUUUUGUUUCAUGGCGGGUCAACCUGGAAUGUUUGCUGCAGAAAAAUCUUGCUCUCAAUUUGAAAUUUGGCACAGACAAUCAUAGUUCCCCAAAGAUGAUCCUAGCUGACUUAUUUAUAGCUUUCUUAAAAUUAAAUAAAUCCAUGUCUGAAUUUUAAUAUCUUGACAUGCUAUUUUGUACAUUUCCAGGCAUUUUAAAAAGUUGAAUUAUAUUUACUAAACUUAUAUAAUUAGCUUAAACCUCUCUCUACUGAAGAGGUCCUACCUGUUCCUUAUGUUCCCUUGAGAUUUAUGAUGGUGUUUGUCCUUGUCUCAUUCCUCCUUCCCUUAAUUUUCCAUCGUAGUUUUCCUUGAUGGAUUUCUUAAGUUAGGCAUCAGUGACUCACUCUAUUGGAAAGGUGCCUGCUCUGCUGUAGUCUUUGCUAAAUUAAAUUAGGGUUGUUCUUUCUCUUGGAGACCUUAAUGUCUGUGUGUGGAUUAAAGUGAGGCUGUGGUAAUCCCAUCCUGGAGGAACAUCUUGGCUGCCUGUGCUUUAUUCUGCUGAAUCAUGUUGUGACACCUGAGUAAGUUCAGGAGUCACCUGGCUCACCUUCGCUGUUUGUCUGUGCGUUCGUCCUGCCCUGCACCGACAGACCUCUCCUCUCCCUCCGACUCACCCUUUCAAUUGUUUUAAGCAUCUGGUGAAAACCAGUGUGACUCCUUCCAUUCAGGGUUGUAUGAAUAGUAACAACACGAAUAUGAAAAACAACAACGAGUAAUAAUUUUCUUUCUGUUCACAUUUGACUGUUGGUUAGUGUGUACUUGGUGUUCUUGUGUUUUUAUUUCUUUACAGAGCAUUGUGAAGAAUAAUUAUUUUUUUCCUUUUUGUUUUUUAAAAGACUUUAUGUAAAUAUUGUUGGUGAAAAUUAACAUUUAUUGUACUCCGAGUUUUCAUUUGUCACUCAAGGCGAUGAAGAAAACAACGAUACACAUGAAUAACAAUGGUGAUGUUGAUGAUGAUGACGAUGAAGCUGAUUAUACCUGCCCUUCUUGAAUAAGGGCUUUUGAUGUCUGCUGUAUUUUUGUUGGGGGCGUCGUGAGGUCAAGGCAAGACAAGCGACGGGGAAGGAGUGGUACCCGACACAUCCCAGGUUCUUUGUAGCAACACUGCCACAAGUCCCAGAAUACACACAGGUAACUCAAGGCGACACAAAUUGUAGCCAUGAAGCAUCAUUGCAUUCUUACAUUCUUUGCAGUGUGUGAGAACAACACACACCUCCUUGUUGAGUCACUCCGACCCAGUCGCUUGGCAUCACAUCCCCCCCCGUCAGCUUACAGGCUCUGGGAUUUACUGAAAUGCCAUUGUGUUAGAUGGGAUUGACCCUGUCCUGACACUCAUGAUGCCUUGCUCAUUGAAUUUGGAGUCAUUAUUGAUGUGUAGGGAGCCAUACAUAAGGAUGGGCCUGGCUUCCAUCAUCCUAUAGCAACAAGGGUAAUUUGCAUGCAUGUUUUAGUUCCCAAGUGGGCUGAUGUGAACUUGCCAAAUAACCGGCUUGUCGGUUGCUUGGUUUUUUGCAAGAGCUCUCAAACGCCAGCAAGGACAGUCCAGGAUUAGAGAGACAGCCAAACUAUAAACUGCCAUAUUGUGAUGUAAAAAAAAACUCAUAUAACAAUACUUGCACCAUCUUUCCUCUUUAAAACAGAUUUUAGCUGUGCCAUAUAACAACAUAUCCCUUCGUUUUCUCCAGGACUCAUCUGCAACAUGCUGUUAGAUGUUAAAUCAUGUAUUAGUUGUAACUUCAGAGAAUGCUGAAGGAGCUUUUCUGUGCCGAUUGAUCAUUAAGUAGUAAGGAUAUAAAGUGAUGUCACACUGUGUGUGAAAGAGAGGAGUUGGUGUUGCAUAGUUCUGCAAUUUAACAAGAUUUUGGAAAUGUGUCAAAACAUCUCAAAAUAUCUUUGCACUUUGAGCUUAGCACAAUUAGUAAGAUUAGCUCACUUAACUUUGCAAACUAUGAAUGGUUAUCAUGUGUGCUCGCUGAAGACUGAGCAAAAACUGUGAAGACUACCAAUUCAGCAUGUUCCCCGACAGACAGAAUUGAAUUAAAACAGAGCUAUUUUGCUGCAAUGCAUCCAGCCUUGCUUUUAAAAUGUUGGUGCCUCAUGUGACUUCAUUUUUAAAUGCCUCAUCUGUGCUGAAAACAGCUAACUUUGCUCAGUAACAACUUCCAAACCAAAGAGAGUUUUUGUCAGUCUGACAUGUUGGCGCCUGUGUUUUCUGAGCCUAAAAAAGAUUGGAUUUUCAAGUCAAUCAGUCACCGCUAAGAGUUGAAUAAGUGUAAAAUUUUAAUUCUGGCCGCUAGAUGAUUUCUCGGUGCAACGCUGCAAUUUAUUCUCUUUGGAAUAAAUGAGGAAUCAAAAUGCACUUUUAUUUAUGUUCAAAGCAUGCUAUGACUUUGUAAAACAUUGGUAAAAUCAGGUUUGUGGUCAACUACCAUAAAUCCUACUUUGUCAGAUUUUUUUAUAUGCUGCACCCUCAUGUUUCAGGCCCAGCAUCCGCACAGUGCAGCAGCGGAGCUGAUCAGUUUCAGGUUUCUUUGAGGAGCGUCUCUGACCUGACAUGGUUUAGCAGAUACUGCCAGCAGCUGAAUCCAGGAAAGACAGUGGAUACAGUUCUACCUUCAUCUGUAAUACCACCCCUCUGAGGGAGUCCCACAGGGACGCUGAAGCUCCACCACGCUAACCAAAAAUAAAGCCCAGCUACUUUCCCCUCCAAACUCGAUCUGAUGCUGAUUGUGAAUGAGAUGCAGGCUGAGCGGCGUCUAAAUCCUGCCAUUUAUACAGAGAUUUUUAAAUCAGGGAGGUAAUAAGCAAUACUCUUAACUGACCUACUGAAUCUAAACUGAGAGGGGUUUUAUUUUUGCAUUGAGGGAUGUCAAGGGUAACACUCCUGCUUUUUGGUUGGGUUUUUAACUCCUUUCUCCACUUGCCUUGGCCCACCUCUUCAACAAAGAGUGCUCUAACUUUAAACACAAUUGUGAUGUGUACAAUCUGAUUCCAUGUAUUUAUUUAUGCAUUUUUCUUUUGCCAACUUUGUAUAGUGUACAAAUAUCUAUAAAUAUACAAACCAUGACAGUACUGUAUAGAUUUUAGCUGCCUGGUAAGGUUAAUAGUAUAUACUUGGUAGACUAAAAGAAAAAGCGUAGAGCUGUUCAAAAGCCAGAUACUGAGAAAAAAAAGAUUGCUUUCUGUAAGACCCGUUACCACUGGCUCUUUUUUAUAUUCUAAGUUUCUGCUUUCUUUUUUCAUUGUAGCCAGUGGGAUUUUUUUUGUCCAUUUGUUUUGCUUUUGGUUUUUUUGGGGUUUUUCUUUUUUUUGACAAGACACAGCAAGGUUCUGGCAGCCAGGAGAGCGCAGUGGAACGCAGACUGGAACCCUGUGCAGUUGUGAGUGUUUUUAGGUGUGCGUCCGUCCAUCGUAGUGCUUAGUGCUCUUUGUGCAGUGCCUCCCUCCUCCCUCUUUUUCUCUUACGCAGAUUGCUCGCUAAGAUGCAGGAUGAUUGUGUUUGCUGAGGCUAGCUGAUGCCCUCCUCCUUUCUCUUUUUUUAUCCUCACAUCCGCUCUGUUUCUUCAUUACACCGCUUAGUUUUAAUCCUCCACUAAGUAUAGAUUUCCACUUCCUCUGCUCGAUUGUUCAUUUACUAUCCCAUUCAGAUGAUAAUGCGCACACCACCAGAGUCUAAUUUCCUGGUAAUCCAUUCCAUCCCCCAUCAUCUAUCCUGGAUUCUUUGUCCAUUAGGAUCUCCCAUUUGUCACCCUCCAUGUUACUUUUUCUAUAGAGCUCUGUGGACCAGAGAAUAAACAAAAAAAAGAGGAGAUCCAUGUUCCUCAUCCCAAGUCAAGCCUCAUCACUACAACUCUGAGGAGAUGGAACAGAAUCAGCUCAGCAUGCAGCAACACAAAGCAGCCAUAUUAAAGUCAAGCACAGAUGUGAGAGUUUAUGUUGUGGCGGCUUCACUGCUGCCUGUUUGUAGCAAGAGCGAGAGGAAAAAAAAAAACGCCUUAAAGAUCGGACCAACCACACAUAUAGAUACUGGGAUGUGUACAUUUGUGGAAACCCUCCCUUUUUCUGCACCACUUUUAUUACUUGGUAUUCCAGUGUGUUGCUUGGUUGCUUUGUACAUAUCUGUGUAGUACUUCUGUUGAUGUCCUCGUACUGGUAUAGUAAAGGGUUCUUACUGGGUGGCCUCGGCUGACGCCCUCCCUCUCCUGUUCUCGUCUCAUUCUCCUUAAACGAAAACUUCAAACAUUCCAUUUGAACCUGAACCAAACAGCUACUAAAGAUGAUUGGAUCUCACUAGGAGCUAAAGAGAAAGGACCAAACUGCAGACGUCUCUCACUGGAGCCAUGAUAAUAACCGAGACGCCUUGGUCACGUCCCUCUGAGGGCCGCAGAACCUCCACUCAUCUGCACGCGACUCUCUGCUUCUUCCAACCCACCUCCUCUCUGGUCUGCCCUGGUUUGGAACAGAAGGGUGAGACAGAGGGACCGGGUCGGGAGAGCCCUGGGAGGCAGCGGAGAGCUGCGUCUCUGCGGUCGCGCCCAGCAAAGGGAGGGAGGGCGUCUCAGGGCGGAGCUCAGUAGCACUUUGGUUUUGCGUUCCAUGUUUAUUUUUUUCAGCCUCUCCUGUUUUUUGGGCCGAGCGGACUGUGAUCUUACUGGGUUUUGUUUUUGUUUUUCUGUGUUCUCGCUCUCCUCCACUCAUCAGUGUUACAGUGUGCUGGGUGGACGGAGCCUUGGAGCUGAGCUCUGAUGUUGUUCCAUAUUAAAGAAUCAUUUUUGCUA